AUGUCUCAAACACUUUAUAAAGGCGCUUUGAGCUAUAUACAUGCCUUUGCUUGUUCUCGAACUACAUCCGUUCGUUUUCUAAAACGCACCUAUAUAAAACCUUCGAAACUUAGUGGCAUUUUUGCUUCCAACCUUACAAGGAAUAGCAUGUCAGAAUCCACAUAUUCCAAGAUACUUACUUUUGAAACAAUAAAUCCUCAUAUUAAGAAUGUCGAAUACGCCGUUCGAGGUGAAUUAGCAAUCCGUGCCGAAGAAAUUAAGGAAGAGCUUGCCAGAAAUGGUUCUGGUAAAUUCGGUUUCAAUACUGUUGUGAAUUGCAAUAUAGGCAAUCCACAGCAACUCCUACAACGACCGAUUACCUUCUUCCGUCAG